AUGGAAAAGCAGCAGAGUUUUCGCGGAUUAACUGACAAACAGAAAGUGUUUGAAAAGCAAGUCAGUUUUCAUGGAAUACCAGAGAAACAGAAAGCGAUGGAAAAGCAACCUAGUUUUCGUGGUUUAAGAGAAAAUGGGUCAACUUCUCAUGGGGUGAUGGAAAAACACCCCAGUUUUCGUGGAGUAGAGAAGGGUUUUCGUGGAUUUCUGGAUAAACAGAAGAGUUUUCGUGUAGUGAUGGAGAGGCAGCUUAGUUUUAUCGGUGGUGGUGAGAGGAAAAAGACUAGAGAUUCACCUGGAAAGCGAGGUGACUCACAGAUUCAUUUGGCAGCGCGUACGGGGAAUUUGAGUAGAGUUAGAGAGAUCCUUCAGAAGUCUGAUGGCAAUGAUUUGAAGCUUCUGUUAGCAACGCAGAAUCAAGAAGGAGAAACUCCUCUUUACGCAGCAUCAGAGAAUGGGCAUGCUGCAGUUGUUGCUGAAAUGCUGGAAUACAUGGACCUGGAGACUGCAUCUGUUGCAGCUAGGAACGGAUAUGAUCCAUUCCAUGUGGCUGCAAAGCAGGGUCAUCUUGAUGUCUUGACGGAGCUUUUGCGUGUAUUCCCCAACUUGGCCAUGACAACAGAUUUAUCAUGUACAACUGCUCUACACACAGCUGCUACUCAAGGGCACAUUGAUGUGGUCAAUCUUCUUUUAGAAACAGAUGUAAAUCUUCUUAAGAUUGCCAGGAAUAAUGGCAAGACUGUCCUCCAUUCAGCUGGAAGGAUGGGCCACUUGGAAGUUGUGAGGUCCCUUCUAAGCAAGGAUCCAAGCACUGGUUUUAGGACUGAUAAAAAAGGACAAACUGCACUGCACAUGGCUGUAAAAGGGCAAAAUGAGGAAAUCGUGCUGGAAUUGCUAAAGCCUGACCCCUCAGUUAUGCAUGUGGAAGACAAUAAGGGAAACACAGCAUUGCAUAUUGCAAUAAAGAAAGGCCGUGCACAGAAUGUACGUUGUCUGUUAUCAGUCGAGGGUGUUAAGAUCAAUGCUAUUAACAAAGCUGGAGAUACCCCACUUGACAUUGCAGAAAAACUUGGACUUCAAGAGCUUGUCUCUAUUUUGAAGGAAUUAGGGGCUAGCAAUUCCAAAGACUGUGGAAAGCCCCCAAGUUCAGCAAAGCAACUAAAGCAAACUGUCAGUGACAUAAAACAUGAUGUCCAGUCCCAGCUCCAACAGACCCGUCAAACUGGGUUCAGGGUGCAGAAAAUUGCCAAGAAGCUGAAGAAGCUACACAUUAGUGGUCUCAACAAUGCAAUAAACAAUGCGACUAUUGUUGCUGUUCUCAUUGCCACUGUUGCUUUUGCGGCCAUUUUCACUGUGCCUGGCCAAUAUGUUGAGGAGAAAACUGAGGGGGCAGCAAUUGGGCAAGCCCGUGUAGCAAGAAAUCCUGCUUUCUUAGUCUUCUUCGUAUUUGACAGCUUGGCAUUAUUCAUCUCUCUGGCUGUCGUUGUAGUCCAAACAUCUGUUGUUGUGAUUGAACAAAAGGCAAAGACACAGCUUGUGUUUGUUAUUAACAAACUCAUGUGGCUCGCCUGCCUCUUCAUUUCAGCGGCGUUCAUUUCUCUAACUUAUGUGGUGGUGGGUAAGAAAUCCAGGUGGCUUGCUUUCUAUGCAACGGUCAUUGGUACCAUAAUCAUGCUCGCUACGAUCGGCUCCAUGUGCUAUUGUGUCAUUUUACAUCGGAUGGAGAAGUCAAAGUUGAGGAAUAUAAGGAGAGACAGUAGGUCCCGUUCUCAUUCUCUGUCUGUGGCAUCAGAUCAAGAGAUUUUGAACAGUGAAUAUAAGAGGAUGUUGCUCUGUGGUUUCCUAUUGGAUGAGCUCAGAUCUGGUCUGAAUUUGGAUUUGAUGACUGCUUACAGAUUUGAUUGA